ACGUGAGUUUUCCUCCUUGAAUGCCUGCUGACAGUGCUUGGCAUGCUUGGUGCUUUGUUCGUUUUGUAGGCGGAUGAGUGUGUUUUGACUCAUUUGAACUUUGACGUAAAUUUUCGUCGUUAUCGAGUGAUUAACCAUCACCGUAACCCGAUGCAAUCUAUAACUCGCGGUCAGCAACGAGUGCGCACAUUGUCUUUGGUGUGGUCAUUUACGGAGUAGGGAGCUGCCAGGCGAGGAAAUAUCCUCGAGAAUUUCCGCAUUCACAAAUUAAGGCUGACCGAUAGAUCGGCGAGCCAUGAUUCAAGGAAAUGAAAAAGAAAGAAUGCCUAUUCUAUACAGCGUCGUGGCACGUGGGCCAACCGUGCUCGCCAAGCAUGCGGCGCGCACUGGAAACUUUGCCGAAGUGACCGAACGGAUUUUGGCUAAAAUACCACCGCACAAUGACAAGCUAACUUAUACCCAAGGGCCGUACCUCUUCCACUACAUGUGCGAUAACAGGAUUGUAUACAUGUGCAUCACGGAUGACGAAUUUCAACGGUCGCGUGCCUUCUUAUACUUGAAUGAAAUUAAGAGACGAUUUGAAGCAGCUUAUGGACAUGGAGCUCAAACUGCUCUAGCCUAUGCAAUGAACUCUGAGUUUUCGAGGGUGCUGGCCAAUGAAAUGAAACACUACAGCGAGUCCACAGAUAUCGAUACACUAUCCAAAGUGCAUGGGGAACUUGAUGAACUUAAAGACAUUAUGGUGAAGAAUAUCGAUAACGUUGCGGCACGAGGGGAAAGACUAGAAUUGCUCAUAAACAAAACUGAGAAUUUGACUGCUAGUUCUGUGACGUUCAGGAAAACAAGCAGAAAUCUGGCUCGUUCCCUCUUUUGGAAGAACAUAAAGCUUUAUGUGAUAGUGGCUCUUGUUUUGAUCGUUGUAAUAUACUUUGUUGUGGCAAUGGCUUGUGGAGGUCUUGCAUGGCAGAAGUGUGUCGGUAAUUGAAGAUAUUUUAGACAAUUCUAAAUUUGGAUUGUAUGGAAUCAGUGCCGGUAUCCUUGACCAAUGAAUGAACAUGUUAAGCGUUUUCGCAGACAUUGGCCAAAUUAUUUAAGGUACUCAAACAAUGAAUCUGUUGCACUGUUUUUUGAUGGAAAUGUUUUCAAAUCAUGGCACACGGUAAGGUAGAAGGAAGGAGGAAGGAUGGGAGGAGAGCGAUAUUUGGUAUUGAACUAAUUUAUAAAUUCAAUCAAUAAAAAUACCUUUAUAUAUUGUUUAUCAUCUUUAUUUUUUUAUUUUUAUUUGUUUUUUUUUCUAUAUCGUUAUUGCAUACUGUUAAGACGGAUGCUGAAUAAUAUCGUCGUAAAAGUUCAAAAGCAUUACGUUUCGAUCAUUGGCCACAAGAUUCUAGACUUAUUGUGAUAUAACAACCAUUUAUUUUGUUUCUAAAUAAUAAGAAAUUUGAGUAACCGUGAAUUUAUCUCUUUCAACAAUUGUUAAUAGAUAGUAAAGUGGAAUAAAAAGUUGAACGGAAGAAAUGAACUGGAUACUUGUUCCCUUUUACAAAGUGGGGCGAUAAAGGCAUAUUAUCAUGUAAUGCACAUACCUGUAGGUAAUAACUGGUUUUGUUAACUUCGAAUUAUUUUACUACUGUGAUUAUCAUAUCAUAAGCAUAUAUGCUCAAACAUAAGUAACUACAGCCUGUAUAAACAUUAUUUUAAGCUAUAUUUCACGUAGUACAGGGUGGUCGGUUUCAAAUACCCCGUGCGAAUAUUUCGGAAAGGAAAAGAGAUACAAAAAAAAGUUUCAUACAAAACUUGUAGCGUUUCAAGAGAUAAAGAUGAUGCUGAUAUAGGCCGGGAUUUGAGGAUUGUAUCAUUUUUUAGGUUUUGAAAAUAACGUCUGAUUUUGGUUAAGCAAUAGGUAUUUUGGAUAUAAGCAACUGAUACCAAGAUCAAACACGAAUUUAAGGACGCGAAAUUUUUUUUGCCGUAUUUUCACCCUUUUUUCCCCCCGCUCCCCAAAUAACUGACCACCAUGUGUACCCACCUAAAUUAUAUUUUACUACUCCGCUGCAUUAUACCCUCAAAUGAAUCGUAAUAAAAAUAUUAUUCGUCAUUACACAGAA